CAAUAAUUUACUCGGAACAGACGAGAUGCAAUCGGAUGGUAUUUGAAUGUUGCUAGGAACCGAAAUUUUCGAGCCAUCCCAUCAUGACAUAAAAUCAAGAAAGACAAAACUUAACAACUGUUCAAGCUAAACAAAAAACAAAGUCUCCCAAAAUGAAAUUCUCUGCUUCUAUUAUCUUGGCCGCAGUCGCCGCCCCUUCCGCCACUGCCUUCGCCCCUGUUUCUACCAACGGAGCCAGCACCAUGUUGAAGGCCGCCGAAGUGUCUGAAAUCGCCACUGAGCCUGUCGAAGAGCCCCCCACCCCUCCUCCUCUUGGACCCACUCUCAACGGAUGGACCCCCGAUGCUGAUAAGGACUGCUUCGGACUUCCAGGGGCUAUCGCUCCGUUGGGAUACUUCGAUCCCAUGGGACUCUGUAAGGAUCGCGACCUUAUUGGUGUCAAGCGAUUCCGUGAGGCAGAAAUCAUGCAUGGUCGUGUUGCAAUGAUGGCCACCGUCGGAUACCUUAUUGGAGAAAAUACCCCCACAAUUGCCUAUGGUUUCGACCACCCCACAAUCGCCAACAACCAGAUCCCAGAAGUUCCGCUUUUCGGAGUCAUGUUCCCUUUUUUCCUUCUCAUUAACAUCUCCGAGGCCCUCCGAGCCAACAAGGGAUGGGUUGAACCCGGAAUGGGAGAGCUCUUUUCUCUUCGAGAACAGUACUACCCCGGUGACCUUGGCUUCGACCCACUUGGAUUGAAACCUACCAAGGCAGAAGACUUCGCCAACAUGCAAGCAAAAGAAUUGUCCAAUGGACGCCUUGCCAUGCUCGCCGCUGCCGGUAUGUGCGUGCAGGAACUCGUCAACGGAAAGCCAGUCCUUGAGGAUCUUCCUUUCUAAACGAAACAGAUGAAAUGCAUUUCCUGUUUAACAACACCCACUUUCACUACUGGGAUUGUGAACGUGUGAUAUAUACUUCAACAAAUUGAAAACUAAUAAAAAAUUUUGUACACCAUAAACAAUUUAUAGUUCA